UCCUGUGUGAUUCACCAACAACAAAUUCCAUCAUAAACUAAAAUUUCAGUAAAAACAUUUAGAGCAAGAUUAAAAUAUAUACAGGACUUUGUUUAUUUGCUUUUGUGAUUAAUAAAAGAUCCAUGAAAGAAUUUAAUGUACUUUAUGUUGAAAUAUAAAGUACUUAAAAUUCCUUUACCAACAUUUCCAAAGAAAAUUGAUCACAAAAGCAAAUCAACGACAAUUUAUUAAUGAAUAUGCUCCCAAACAGAAACUCAAUCUUGUGUAAAAAAAGCACAAAAUCAAUCUAAAAAAAAUUGCAUCUAAGCAUUAGUAAGGUACAAAAAGUGCCGGCUUGAUCCUGUUGGCUUUUAUCCAAUAUUUACUUACAAUAUAACAGAAUCUCAUUAGUUUGAUCAAAUGAUAGAAGCAGUAAUUAAUCUGAUCAAAAUCAUUGACAGUAAAACUCCUGAUCAAAUUGUCGGCAAGAAAAGACAUAUCCAGCAAUCAAGUAGCUACGUUGCAACACCAUUGUUUGCAUGAAUAACGUGUCUUUCAAAAAAGGAUAGAUCUUUCCUUAAUAGCUCACUCAUCACACUACGUUCUUCCACCUAAACCCGAAUGCGUGUACUCGUCCUCCUACCAAGCAUUUCUUCCUAUUUAAAGUGAAGGUUUCCUCUCCUACACCCAUCUGUUCCCUGCCUGCAAUAAACCAUUGUCCCGUCCUACAAUUGCCUCAACCCAAAAGUGGCUUUAUCUUCAGGCUCUGUAUAGCCUAAUAACUACAACUCCAAAAACCAUGAGAAGCCUAAUCUUUGAGGAGCCUGAAGCCGGGAUUCCAGGAUAUGCUUCAAGCAGUCUGCGCUAUGCCUGGCAAUCCAUAAGAGCCCCGGUGAUAAUACCACUUCUAAAACUAGCAGUCAUACUAUGCUCAAUUAUGUCAGUCAUGCUAUUUCUUGAAAGAGUAGGCAUGGCAGCCGUAAUUUUGAUUGUCAAAGUGCUGAGGAAGAAAAAAUACACCAAGUACAAGUUGGAUGCCAUGAAACAGAACAUAGAGAGAAACAAAAGAUACCCCAUGGUAUUAAUCCAAAUACCUAUGUAUAAUGAGAAAGAGGUCUACAAGCUUUCAAUUGGAGCAGUUUGCGGGCUUUCUUGGCCAGCUGACAGACUCGUCGUUCAGGUUCUGGAUGACUCAACAAAUCAAGUCUUAAGGGAAUUGGUUGAGUUGGAGUGUCACAAAUGGAUGGAGAAAGGUGUCAAUGUCAAGUAUGAAACAAGGAGAAAUCGCAAUGGCUACAAGGCAGGUGCUCUAAAAGAGGGUUUAGAGAAGCAGUAUGUUGAGGAUUGCGAGUUUGUAGCAAUAUUUGAUGCAGAUUUCCAGCCAGAUCCAGAUUUUCUUUGGAAGACAAUUCCUUACCUUCUUGAGAACCAAAAGUUGGGUUUGGUUCAGGCGAGAUGGAAAUUUGUUAAUUCAGAGGAAUGUAUGAUGACCCGACUUCAAGAGAUGUCACUUGAUUAUCAUUUUAGCGUUGAACAGGAAGUGGGCUCUUCAACAUACUCAUUCUUUGGAUUUAAUGCAGGAAUCUGGCGGAUUCAAGCAAUAAAAGAUGCUGGAGGAUGGAAAGACCGAACCACGGUGGAAGAUAUGGACCUUGCAGUUAGGGCAAGUCUGAAAGGCUGGGAAUUUGUUUUCGUCGGUGAUGUAACAGUCAAAAAUGAACUACCAAGCACAUUUAAAGCAUACAGAUUUCAGCAGCACAGGUGGUCAUGUGGUCCAGCCAAUCUCCUUAAAAAAAUGACUAAGGAAAUCCUCUUUUGCCAAAGAGUAUCGCUUCUGAAGAGACUUCAUCUAAUCUAUGCAUUCUUCUUUGUGAGGAAAAUAAUUGCACAUUGGGUCACGUUCUUCUUUUACUGCAUAGUCAUACCAGCUUGUGUGGUAGUUCCAGAAGUCAGUCUGAAAAAGCAAAUUGCGGUUUAUAUCCCAGCAACCAUUACAAUUCUAAAUGCAGUCUCCACCCCAAGAUCCAUGCAUCUAGUAGUACUCUGGAUCCUCUUCGAGAAUGUCAUGUCACUUCAUCGAACUAAGGCAGCAAUUAUAGGACUCUUGGAAGCAAAUCGUGUCAAUGAAUGGGUUGUGACUGAGAAACUUGGAAAUACUAUGAAACAGAGGAACAAUGCUAAGCCAUCAACAUCAAAAACUCCAUGGUUCCGAAUUACAGAAAGGAUCCACCUAUUGGAGAUUAUAGUGGGGAUAUAUAUGCUGCACUGUGCAAUCUAUGAUCUGCUCUUCGGACGCGAUCAUUUCUUUAUCUAUCUGUUGUUGCAGGCAGGGGCUUUCUUUACAAUGGGGUUUGGGCUAGUGGGAACAAUUGUACCCAACUAAAGCUUAACAACAGUGAUCAAUCGGAACUAUUAUUGUAUCAGUCUGUUGUGCAUUGUGUUUGCGAAACUAGUAGUCUAAUGUUAUUACCUAUAAGCAUAUAAUGGGCAGUAGUUACCUACCUAGUAAAACCAACCCAUAUGAUGGCAGGAACUCUUCAUAUUCAUGGUUACCAAGCAGAAUAAAAGUAUAUUUAUAAUAUACAGUUUAAAUUUAAAUUAGUUUAUUGUCUGUUCAGUAUUACAACAUUAUAUUUGUUCUGGGGAGCCACCCCGUGAGGCUUCUUUCUUUUCUGAAAUCAACUCAAACGAGUACAACUUUGUUAGUAAGUAGGUAACCCAAGAAAAUUAUGCCACAUCAAAUAUGUCAAUAUUUUAGGAUAAAAGGGAAUAAGAAAAGUAAGUUAGUUAAACAGAUAGGGAAGUUAAGUAGUUAGAGGGGAUAUCGUGUAUCAAUAGGAGAAAUAAGAAUAGAUGGAGCUAUUGGGUGCAUUGCAUAAUUGUUGUGAAAGGAGAGGACAGAUCCUUGGGAGAGGAAACCCUAAAGGUGAAUUCUAUUCACCAUUUUCUUUCAGUUUUCAAAUAUACAUUCUGUGUUUUUAUUCUUUCUAUCUUUGUUUCAUUAUUAAUUUUUCUAAGUUUGUAACUAACACAAAAAUACUGCUGCAACUUUUCCUAUAGAAUGACUAGAAAUUUGUGUAUUUGUAGCAAGCAAAAACUUUAGACUGCCAUCCUCUAUUUAGAUAAGCAUACAUACGGUUGCAUUCACCGAGACUAGCUUGAACAAUUUCAACAUGUUUAAUAAUUUAACCUAAUUAAUGAAAUAUCUAAGUUUCAAUCAUCCGUUUUGUCAAGAAAAAGACAUUCUAGGCAAAUGCAGAUUCAUCACAUGCCAAGACUUGAUAAUUUGUACUGAACCCAACCUACUGCAUUAUGCUCCUUUCUUUACAUCACAUUUACAAAUUUGAAAGGAAAGCAUUAAAUACAGAUAUAGAACUCACCAGGGUCGUGGGAAGUAAAAUAAGAAUCUAACCAAAUAUUGUUAAUAUUAUCUGGGAAAAUAAAAUACAUAACGAAAUCAUUAGCAUUUCAACUUUUCCAAAUAAAACAAAUCAUAUAAACAUAGUCUUAGGAUAAAGAAUAAAUGUGAAUAAAAGUAGUUCUGAUUACUUAGGGCAGUUGAUUAGUUAUCAAUUAGAUAAAUAGGUCAAAUAAGGAUAGAUAGAUUCAUUAUUAAAUUUGAUAGUUGCAUGUGAAAGCACAAAACCCCUUGAGAAGAGACCUAUGUCCUAUUCACAUUCAUUCAUUUAAUAUAUAGAAUUGAAUGCCUUUCUAAAUUUUGCAAGAGAUAAGACCAACUCUUCAAAAACUUCUUUAAGGCCACAAAUAUUGAUAAAUUGGAAAUAUCAUCAUAUGGAUGACCAAUGCUGAAUGCAGCAGUUUAGAGCUGAAAGAAACUUGUUUUGCAUAAGCCUCCAAUUGUAAGCAUCUUUAGUAUGGUAAGUUAUGGAGAAAAGCUUUCAAUCCUAAGGUUGAAAAGAUCUAUAUUACAAAACAAAACAUUCAAAUCAAUAUUUUAAACUAAAAAAAUUCCUUAUUGAGCAUAGUGCUAUAUAA